CGCCGGUGCAUGCGGCGCGGGCGCAGGCCCAGGCCCGAUAGCGGCCACGGCCGCCAUGUCCCUGAGUAAUUACAGCAGCCUGAACCGGGCCCAGCUUACCUUCGAAUACCUGCACACCAACUCAACUACCCAUGAGUUUUUGUUUGGUGCCCUUGCUGAACUUGUAGAUAAUGCCAGAGAUGCAGAUGCCACGAGAAUAGACAUUUAUACUGAGCAACGAGAGGACCUGCGAGGUGGAUUCAUGCUAUGUUUUUUGGAUGAUGGAACAGGAAUGGAUUCAAAUGAAGCUGCCAGUGUUAUCCAGUUUGGUAAAUCAGCCAAGCGAUCACCUGAGUCAACUCAAAUCGGGCAGUAUGGAAACGGCUUGAAAUCGGGUUCCAUGCGGAUUGGGAAGGAUUUUAUCCUGUUCACAAAGAAAGAUAACACCAUGACUUGCCUCCUCUUAUCACGGACAUUCCAUGAGGAAGAAGGCAUCGACGAGGUCAUCGUUCCCCUACCCACCUGGAACGCACGGAGCCGUGAACCCCUGACGGACAACAUGGAGAAAUUUGCUAUUGAGACGGAGCUCAUCUACAAGUAUUCUCCUUUCAAAUCAGAAUGGGAAGUGAUGGACCAGUUCAAUAAGAUACGUGGUGACAAAGGCACUCUGGUGAUCAUCUUUAACCUCAAACUAAUGGAUAACGGAGAGCCAGAGCUGGAUGUGACUUCUGACCCUCAAGAUAUUCAGAUGGCAGAAACACCUCCAGAGGGAACCAAGCCGGAGCGCCGUUCCUUCCGUGCCUAUGCUGCUGUGCUUUAUAUUGAUCCCAGGAUGAGGAUCUUCAUCAAUGGACACAAAGUACAAACCAAACGACUCUCAUGCUGCCUCUACAAGCCAAGGAUGUACAAAUACACUUCAAACCGUUUCAAGACCCGUGCAGAGCAAGAGGUGAAGAAAGCAGAGCACUUGGCAAGGAUAGCGGAAGAGAAGGCUCGCGAGGCGGAGAGCAAAGCCCGUGCCCUCGAGUUACGCCUCGGAGGGGAUCUCACGCGGGAGUCUAGGGUGACAUUGCGUCAGGUCCAGAACUCUGCCAUCACCAUGCGGCGGGAGGCUGACGUCAAGAAAAGGAUUAAGGAUGCAAAGCAGCGGGCACUGAAGGAGCCCAAGGAGCUGAAUUUUAUCUUUGGGGUGAACAUUGAGCAGCGCGAGCUGGAUGGCAUGUUCAUUUAUAACUGCAGUCGGCUGAUCAAGAUGUAUGAGAAGGUGGGCCCACAGCUGGAGGGUGGCAUGGCAUGUGGAGGAGUGGUAGGCGUGGUGGAUGUGCCCUAUUUGGUUCUGGAGCCAACCCAUAAUAAACAAGACUUUGCUGAUGCCAAGGAGUAUCGACACUUGCUGAAGGCCAUGGGAGAGCAUUUGGCUCAGUAUUGGAAGGAUGUGGCAAUAGCCCAGAGAGGUAUCAUCAAGUUCUGGGAUGAAUUUGGUUAUUUAUCAGCAAACUGGAACCAGCCUCCGUCUAGUGAACUGCGUUACAAGCGCAGGAGAGCCAUGGAGAUCCCCACCACAAUUCAGUGCGAUGUCUGUCUGAAGUGGCGGACUCUCCCGUUCCAGCUGAGCUCAGUGGAGAGGAACUACCCUGACACCUGGGUGUGCUCCAUGAACCCUGAUCCUGAACAAGACAGAUGUGAGGCUGCAGAGCAGAAGCAGAAGGUACCACUGGGAUCUCUAAAAAAAGACUUGAAAUCAAAUGAGGAAAAGCAGAAACAACUGACAGAGAAAAUCCGCCAGCAGCAGAAAAAGCUGGAAGCUCUGCAGAAAACCACUCCAAUUCUAUCUCAGGCUGACUUAAAGAAACUACCUCUGGAAGUGACUACACGGCCUUCAAGGGAGCACACCCGAUCUCAGCGCCCACGAUCUCCUCCUUUGCCUGAUGUAAUCAAGAAUGCUCCCAGCAGGCCACCAGGAUCUUCACCUCCUCACAAGUCCUGCACUCAGCUGAAAAAAAGUUCUUCAGAUCAUCCAAAUACCAGCUCCCCCAGGCUAGCAAGCAUGCUCUUCAAGGAGGAGGCCAGCACUUCCAGGACACACCAUCACACUGUGACAGCUGGGAAGUCUAACAGCACUUUAAAAACUCUUGCCAAGCCAGGUACAAGCCUGAAGUCGCUCUCUGGCCAACAGAGUCCCAAAAGCUCACGUGAGACACCCAAUCCAAAAGCAGCCAAGGUGCCAGCAGUAAGGAAAUCUGCCUCUGGCAAAUGUUUACAGGCUUCCAGCACUCGAAAGAGGGCCUUGAACAUCCCAGAGGAUGGGUCUGAGGAGGAGGGUGAGCCCAAAAAGGAGAGGACAAAACGAGGAAAAUUUUUGGCAGUGAAAGAAGAGAAGGAUUCCAAUGAGGUGGUGGUGGAGCUCACAGACAGUGCUGGAGAGGAAGAGUUGUUGGAACUGAAGAAAGCACAGAAAGAUAAAGGGCUGCACGUGGAAGUGCGUGUGAACAAGGAAUGGUUCACAGGCCGUGUCACAGCGGUGGAAAGGGUCAGGCAUGCAAUUCGGUGGAAGGUGAAGUUUGAUUAUGUCCCUACAGACACCACACCAAGGGAUCGCUGGGUAGAGAAGGGCAGUGAGGAUGUAAGGCUUAUGAAGCCUCCCUCUCCUGAGUACCAGGCUCCAGACACACAGCAGCAAGAGGAUGCGGUCAUGGCCGAACCUUCUACCUCGGAUUGCAUCAGAAUCGAGCCUGACACCACUGGUCCCAGCAGCAGCCAAGAAACAGUUGACUUACUAGUCCAGAUCCUUAGGAAUUGUUUGCGAUACUUCUUGCCUCCAAAUUUUCCAAUCUCCAAGAAUGAGCUGAGUUCCAUGAGCUCAGAAGGGUUGUUGGCAUUUCCCUUGGUGAGUUCAGUACUUCUGAAAAAUUCACAGAAUAUUCUGAAUUGGAAGGAAGACACAAAGCUCAUUGAGUCCAACUCUAAGAAAGAAUAUUUUAAGCAGUAUGAGGUGGGUCUGCAGAACCUGUGCAAUUCAUAUCAGACACGUGCCGAUGCGCGGGCCAAAGCCUCUGAGGAAAACCUCCGGAACUUAGAAAGGAAGCUGAGGGAAACAGAGGAGAAACUGCAGAAGCUGAGGACUAAUAUCAUGGCCCUUCUGCAAAAAGUGCAGGAGGACAUUGAUAUUAAUACAGAUGAUGAACUGGAUGCAUAUAUUGAGGACUUGAUCAUGAAAGGUGACUGAGCAGCUCCAGCACAAGUCGUGGAGAAGUGCAGAAGAGCUGGCUGCUGCAGAGGGAGAUGUGGAUCUCUGUGCAGGUGGACUGAGGCAGCUGAUGAGGAGAGAGUUUUUUAGACAGCGCUCAUGUUGGUGUACAACUUGUUCCUGUGACUGUACAUGAGAAGCAUUUGUGCUGUUGGCAGGAAAAUUUUUAACUUUGUAGUUCUCUGAAUCUCUUCCUUUUGUUUAUAAAUAUUUAUUUUUAAAAGAAAUGGGAACUGUGCCUGUUACAAUGGCUGGUUUUAGUGAUGUAGAAGUGUGAGUAUCGCUUUUGCAACUCAAGUAUAUUCAUAUGCUAAACCUGGGAGCUCGGAGCACCCUGCUUAGCUUACUGGUUCUCCAGCAAGAAGCUGGCAGCAAUUAAAAAAUAAGCCUUGAGUUGUGGCAGAGGGGGUCAGGCUUUUUUUGUGGAAGAUACUGAACUUGAGGUAGAGAAAGCCAAGCCAUGAAUUGGAGCUAUGGAAAGGAGAUGUCCUUGUAUGAGUGUGAGUAGAGGGGAUGGAACAUUGGUGGAACUCGGAAAUUGGCACUGGCACCUGCAGUUAGCUUCCUGAACAGGAGGUUGCUGCAAGUGGGUGAAACUGCCACCGUGGUAAUAGCCAAGAGGCUGAGGUCCUUGUAGAAGAGGAUCACCUCCUGGACUGCUCACAGUCAGAGGAAGAAUGCUGGCGUUGGGUUCUCUGCUUGCAGUCACUUUAUCACUCACUUCUGCUGCUGUUUCUUUGAGACAUAAGUACAGCAUCAGAACAACUCCUCAUCCACCUGACAAUAAAGUGACCCCUGUUCUAUUUUCACCCCCUCA